CUCCGGAUCGGCCCUGGCUCAGGCCCCGCCCCCACAAAGUGGGUGAAAGGUCGGCGGCGCGGUGCAAAACCUGGGGCGACGAAGCAAAACUGACAGAACGACUCCUGACUGACCAUGGCAGAGGAGCCGAAGCCUAUCAGCCCGCUCAAGAACUUGCUAGCCGGCGGCUUUGGCGGCGUGUGCCUGGUGUUUGUGGGGCACCCUCUGGACACUGUCAAGGUCCGACUGCAGACACAGCCAGCAAGUUUGCCUGGACAGUCUCCUAUGUACUCUGGGACAUUUGACUGCUUCCGAAAGACUCUUCUUAGAGAGGGCAUCACAGGGCUGUACCGGGGUAUGGCUGCCCCUAUCAUUGGGGUCACUCCCAUGUUUGCUGUGUGCUUCUUUGGAUUUGGUCUGGGAAAGAAACUACAGCAGAAAUCCCCAGAGGAUGUGCUUAGCUACUCCGAAAUAUUUGCUGCUGGGAUGUUAUCUGGUGUAUUUACUACAGGAAUCAUGACCCCUGGUGAACGGAUCAAGUGCUUAUUACAGAUUCAGGCUUCUUCAGGGGAAACCAAGUACAACGGACCCUUGGACUGUGCAAAAAAGCUAUACCAGGAAUCUGGAAUCCGAGGCAUAUACAAAGGCACUGUGCUCACCCUCAUGAGAGAUGUUCCAGCCAGUGGGAUGUAUUUCAUGACAUAUGAAUGGCUGAAAAAUAUUUUAACUCCAGAGGGAAAAAGUGUCAGUGACCUCAGUGUUCCUCGAAUCCUGGUAGCUGGUGGAACUGCAGGGAUCUUCAACUGGGCUGUGGCAAUCCCUCCAGAUGUCCUUAAGUCCCGAUUCCAGACUGCACCUCCUGGAAAAUAUCCUAAUGGUUUCAGAGAUGUGCUAACAGAGCUCAUCCAGAAAGAAGGAAUCACAUCCUUGUACAAAGGGUUUAAUGCAGUGAUGAUCCGAGCCUUCCCAGCCAAUGCAGCCUGCUUCCUUGGGUUUGAAGUUGCCAUGAAGUUCCUUAACUGGCUCACCCCCAACUUAUGAGGCUGAAGGCCGCUGAAGCCUUCUGGAUGCCGGGUACUCAUUGAGGAGAAGCGGUGACUAAGACUAGGGUGCCUUGAAGGGUGAGGUGAGGGGGUGGUGGGAUCAGAAUUCUGAGCAUGGACUUGGCGAAACUUUUGCUUUAAUGAUAUCUGCCUUCUGUGAUUUUGUGUACCAUUUUGAAACUUGAAUUCACUCAAAGGAUUUGGAGAUGGAAUAAUAAGCUUCUUGACCAGAUACUACCUGUGACCAGGUGCUGCUUGCUGGUUGACUGCUGGCCCUACUACACCCUAACACUCCUUGCUAAAGAGAUAAUUUCAUGCUCUCACUGAAACACGUUUUCACACAGCUGACUAGAAAUUGGAAUCCUCGUCAAACCCUAGUCAAGAAAAUCAGCUGAUUUCCAGGGUGCCAUUGGAUCCUCAGCUACACACAGGGAUGUGGAUUUAAGCCCACAUCUGUCUAUCCAAGCUGGCCGAAUGGAUAUGCCUAAGAACUGAUGGCCUGUUCACCAUCAGAUUUUAAUUUUUUUUACACAAGAAGAUAAUAAAAACCAAAGAUAGAGCAGUGUAAUUUCUCAGUAAUAGGUGGAGAACUUUCCCUCCUAUACAAUGAGGACAGCUCCAGACUGCUGGGUUAAUUGCAAAAGCCUGUGGUACAGGAAGGCUGUUUUUGUACACUCUCUUCUCAUGAGAGUGCCUAUAAAACAAUAACGAUUACUUCUAA